UCAAUAAUUUCAUAUCUCAAAUUUUGUAAGCAAUACAAAUGCCGAAUGCGAUGGAAGAAAAUAAAAAUGUAGAAACUCCAUAUUAUUGCAUACAAGUUUGGGAACCGUAAUUAGUAAUCCAUGUUAGGCACUCGGUGGUCCAACUAGUACCGUAAAAAACCGGCAAGAACUUCGUCCGAGUAGAGCAGAAUGCUUAUAUGCUAAAUUGCUAAUCACUCAAUUCAGCCGCAUACCAUCCGUCCCGGCACCUGCGUGGAUGAUUAUGAAUCAAUUAUUCUCCUAUUUGUUGAAGCAAAUUCCUGCUUUCUUUAGUAAGAGCCCACAUCAGCGGAGGGCGUUUUCCCUUCCUUCCUUCCAACAUCUACAACCUUCUUCUUCAGUGCACUCCACCACUCACCAAACAGUUCAGCAGACUAAAGAUUCAAUGCGUUUUAUUUCCUCAAACCCAGCUUACCUUCUCCUGGGUACCUGCAAAAAUUUCCAAUCUGUCCUAAAAGUUCAUGGUUUACUCAUAGUUCAUGGUCUAGCUGAUGACCUUCUUUCCCUCACUAAAUUGGUCAGUUUGUAUGGUUCUUUUGGGUAUAUGAGGCUUGCGCGUAAGGUGUUCGAUAGAAUUCUUUACCCAGAUCUUUAUUCAUUUAAAGUUAUGAUUAGAUGGUACUUUUUGAAUGAAUUGCACUUUGAAACAGUUUUGUGCUACAAACGUUUGCAGAAAUGCUUGAGAGAAACUGAUGAUAUUGUGUUCUCUAUUGUGUUGAAGGCCUGUUGUCAGUUGAGGGAUAUUUGUGAGGGAAGGAAAGUACAUUGCCAUAUUGUCAAGGCAGGGAGUCCUGAUAGUUUUGUGCUCACUAGUUUAGUAGAUUUGUAUGCUAAAUGUGGGGAGAUUGACUCUGCUCAGAUUGUUUUCGAAGAGAUAGAGGAUAGGAAUGUAGUUUCCUGGACUUCAUUGAUCACAGGAUAUGUGCAGAAUGAUUGUUCUGAAGAGGGUUUGAUGUUGUUUAAUAGGAUGAGGGAAAGUAUUGUUGAUGGAAAUCAAUUUACGUUUGGGAGCUUACUAACGGGCUGUGCGAAGUUGAGAGCUUUGCAUCAAGGAAAGUGGCUUCACGGGUAUGCUGUCAAAGCUGGGAUCAAUCAAGAUGCCUUUUUGGCAACCGCCCUUCUAGAUAUGUAUGUCAAAUGUGGUAGCAUUAUAGAUGCACGUUUUGUAUACGAUGAGAUAUGUACUACUAAUGAUAUAAUCUCUUGGACUGCUAUGAUAGUUGGGCACACUCAAUGUGGUCAGCCCACUGAGGCCUUGAAGUUAUUUACAGAGAAGAGGCGAGCUAAUAUUUUUCCCAAUUCCAUGACCAUAGCUAAUGUACUUUCAGCCUGUUCUCAACUCGGAGAUUUGAGUAUGGGCAGGUCGGUUCACUGCCUUGCAAUUUUUCAUGGUUUAGAAGAUGUUAAUGUCAAACAUGCUCUCAUUGACAUGUACGCAAAAUGCAAUCGGCUUAAAGAUUCUCGUUAUAUUUUUGAUUCAAUACACGCCAAGAAUGUGAUUGCUUGGAAUUCAAUAAUAUCAGGAUAUGCUCAAAAUGGUUAUUCUCUUGAAGCCCUUAAACUCUUUCAUCAAAUGACAUUAGAAUCUGUGUCUCCAGAUGCAGUAACAUUGGUUGGUGUCAUCUCUGCUUGUGCCUCUAUCAGUUCUAUUAAAGUUGGUUCUUCUUUGCAUGCUUUUCUAAUCAGGGAAGGUUUGUCAUCUGUUAACACCUAUGUUGGCACGGCACUUUUGAAUUUGUAUGUUAAAUGUGGAGAUAAGAUAUCUGCACGUAAAGUUUUUGAUGAGAUGGGAGAGAAGAAUGAAGUGACAUGGAGUUCAAUGAUAAGGGGUUAUGGAAUGCAUGGUGAUGGUGAGCAAUCUGUUGUAUUGUUCAACAAUAUGUUGAGCGAAAAUGUUGAGCCCAAUGAAGUCACGUUUACAGCUCUUUUAUCAUCAUGCAGUCACACAGGAAAUACAGGGGAAGGAUGGAAAUGUUUCACUUCUAUGUGUCGGGAGCAUAACUUUGUGCCGAGCAUGAAACAUUAUGCAUGUAUGGUGGACAUAUUAGCUCGUGCAGGAAAACUAGUGGAAGCUGUUGACUUCAUAGAGACGAUGCCUUUGCAGCCAGAUAUCAGUGUCUUAGGAGCAUUUGUCCAUGGAUGUGGCCUCCAUCAGCAGUUUGAACUCGGAGAGAUUGCAGCGAGGAGAAUGUUGGAUAUGCAUCCUAAUGAAGCUUGUUAUUAUGUGCUUCUCUAUAAGUUAUAUGCUUCGGAUGGAAGAUGGGACAAGGCAAAUGAAAUCAGAAAGCUCAUGAAGCAAAGAGGGCUGAGCAAGUCACCUGGUUGGAGUUCCUCAGAGAUGGCUACUUGCUAUGAGCUUCCGUCCUUACAAAUAUGUUCUGCUAACUAAUCAGUUACUAACUUAAAGGCGGAUAAUUGCACUGACAACAAGGUGAUUAAGAAUUUGUGGUGACAAUUUAUAGAGCUUGCUCGUCACUAAACAUGCAACACCUCAAACAUAAACUAGUAGCUCUCAUUUGGCUGAACCUUAUUUUCAUGAUAUAAAUAUGCAUGAUUCAAGAGUCAGGUUGGAGGCAUACAUGAUUCACCAACUUCAAUAUAGUCAGCAAAUAUUUCGUUGUUCCAGUUUUGAUGAAGGCUUUCACUGCAAUUUACAACAACACUGCAAAGAUCUGCCCUUUUCUUUUCGCCUCUUCUUUUGCACGAAGAACGUCAUUGGCUCACUUCACGCUGCUUGAUGCAUCGUCACUUCAAUUAAGCAGGAAGAAGAAGUCCGCUAGAACGACAAACAUGUAAUACUUAUCAGAUAUGACUUUGGGAAAGUUGAAUCUGCACUUUCUGAUAUCUGCACUUGUAUUUUGAAGCUUCUUGAUUCCAAUCCUAUUCCUACUGCCACUGUGAGUGAAUGUGAGGUCUUUAACAUGAAGAUGAAAGGCGAUUACCAGCAAGGAAAUCUAUGCACUCCUAAAGGUCUGCUCAGAAUCACUCAUCAAAAAUAACAGUGCACCCAGAAACAAACGAUGGGAGGGCUGGGAACAUCACUCAUCGAAUUAUUCGUAGUUCAUGUUCUUGACGGGAACACCACAGAGGAUACCUUCUGCUUUGUUCAGUCCCUUAUCAACUGCAACCAUUAUUGCUUAGCUGAAUUUUCGAAGAAGAUCGCUUUGCAUAACCAGAACUCUAAAAAGACCAGCCCUGUAAUUAGUUAAUUUUUGGAAUUUUAGAAGCUAUAAGGAGGUUGCUUUAGACCAUCAUUUGUCUGCUCAUAUCAAGUGGUUCCUUCUUGCUCAGUUAUAUUAAGUUCCUUAAUGGGAGUCAGCUGCGUUUGUUUGGUUUGGGUACAACAGCUAUUUAUCCAGAUUAUGUUAUCUGUGAUGAUAUGCUCAUUUGGAUCUGUAGUUGCAAGGUAUUCUUAUCAAAUGUAAAUUUUCAGGUAUUUCAUGGCUUUUUUUUGUGCUCUGGUACAAAAAAAGUCCAUUGGGUGCUAAACUAUGCUUUAGGUGCAUCAUCUGUUGAUAGAAAGGUUUUGUUGGAGGUAGAUUUUAUUGGUUUCCUGUUAUUGUCUUGCAAACUAUACUAAGUCAGUCUGGUAUUCCCAUCACUAGCAUCAGACCCUUUGUCACUGCCUCUGCUAAGAUGAAAGAACCAUAUUGUAAAAAAUAAAAAAUAAAUAUGGAGAAAUAAUGUAAGAAAUGUGGAAGAUCGAUGAAGGUGUCGAUAUGCAACUUUCUGCACCAUCAGCUGAUUGAUUGCAUCGACAAACUGUUGAUGAAGAUCAGGCAUCCCUUUACACCUAGGCUUUGUAUAAAUAGAUAAAACUAAGUUCCUAUCUUGAGUUGGCAUAUUUUGAAGAUGACCUAUAUUUGUUCAGGUUUUAUGGAGGAAUGUAUGUAUAUCUGACUCUUCUAGCUAUGUUUGUCCUAUAUUCUUACUCCACAUCUGGAAACUUUGUAAGUGGGGCGGUAAAAGGCCCAUGAGCUGGGGACGCUCUCCGUCUCUUUUCUCUCCUGUCCUUCCUCUCAACUCCCCUGAAAGAAAGUUAAUAUCAUUUUUUUUUUCAAUAUACAGUUUUCAACUUGUAUAUUCUCUACUGUUUCCUUUGACUUGAUUAUGCUGCUUGUAAUUAUAGGCCUUUUAAUAUGUUCUUUUUUCUUCUCUCUGUCUCCUGUUAUUUUAGAAAGUCGAGCUCUUUCAAGAUAUACUAUGCGUCAAUGCAUAUAUUAGCCUUGAGGUUUGCCUUAUCUCAACUUCUUAAUCGUUAGUCAUAUAGCUGUGCUCAAACAGCAUUCCUAUGGUAGAAUGAUGGCUUCAUAUUUUGCGUUCUCUAUUGCUAGGUGUACUGUACGAUUGCAGGUGAGGCAACAAAUAUUCUUAUUAGUGCAAUCUAGGCAAAACAGAGUUGUAAAUAUAUCGCUACUUGUCAUUCGUUGCUCUAUUUGAAUGGCGUAGCUGCUUCAUGUUUUUAUAUUGUAACUAGUUAUUAGGCCCGGGCAAGAAAAAAUUUCAUUUAUUAAUAUAAUACUUUAUGAUAAUAACACUAAAUACAAUUUAGCUUAGUGGUUAAAACUUUAGUAUA